AAAAAAGAAAAAAAUUUAAAUGUAUAAAUUUAUAUAAAAUAUCUGUUUAAAAAUGUAAACAAUAAAAUUAUAAAUGUAUUUAAUAUUUAUAUAAUUAUAAAAAAAAAUUUAAAUAAAAUAAUGGCUAGAACAAAACAAACACGAAGAAUAGAUCCAUACACAAGACAGGCAGGUGUAGAACCUGCAGUAUACGCUUUCCCGCCUAAUAGGAGGAGAGAUAAAAGAAGAAAAGAGCCAAAAUCUCCUUAUAUUGCUGCUAGACCUUUUACUAUUAAUGUUAAAAGAACAGAAUGUAAAAAAAUGUUAUAUUGGAAAAGAUUAACAAAAGCAACUUAUAAACAUAAUAAAGCUAAUAUCAUCAAAUUUAACAAAACAGUAAAUUAUAUUCUUAAGAUUAAUACUGUUAUUUUCGCUUUUUUUGUUGUAUAAAUCUAAGAAUCUCCGCAAUCUGUUUUUUUGUUCGCUAGCGACAGUUAAAGCAGAGGGUAAAUUAUCAGGGUCUAUGUUAUUAUCUCUCUUUUUUUUGCGCAUAAUGCGCAUGGCUGUGAAAACAGCCUUUUUAUGUUGUGUCUUGACACAAGAAUUAGAAUUUUCUCUUGUAAUAAUCCAGCGAUAGCACUGAACGGCCAUACUUGUUGUCUCCUUCAUUGUUGAGAAUGCUUGCCAUGCUACCGAGUCUAUCAUCUUCUCUGUUUUGUCUUAAAAUAACCUCUGAAACGCCGCCAAGUCUUUCAUCUUCUUCAUUUAGCGGCAGAAUUUUCAUGCUUGAAUCAUAAUAAGACUUGUUGGUGGUGUCAAUAAAGGUUGUGUAUGGAGUGUUGUAAUAUUUAUCAUAGCAACUACUAUUGUCAUUAUUGUCGCUAAAAAUGUCAGCACUUUUAUCUUUCUUGGUUGUGUUUUUUUCCUCAAAAAUUAUAUUUUCCACAUACACAAUCAUCGCUGAGUUUAUUCUAUCUUUGUCUGUUUCAGACAUGGUUGAAUACAACGGCAGUUGACAGUGUUUUCCCUGAAAGAACCAAAGGUUGCAGUUUAUAUUUUUGCAUAACCUUGUGAACUCUCUAAUUUUUGCAUAACCUUGUGAACUCUUUAAUUUGGCCAUUUAUUGUAGCAUAUAUGCUAUUAGCGCUUACAAUCUUCAAUUCUCCGUUUAUAGAAAUGAGAUCGCAGUUUUCAGCCAAGUCAUUUUGUGGAGUAAAUCCAGCGGCAAGUAUUUUUAUGUGGUUUAUUUUACCGCGGUUUUUUUUUCUUCCUUGCUGCGAAAACAUCUUAAUUUCAUUUUCAAACACUAUUUUCUCGGAGGCAUCCACAAACCCUUGCGGAUAUAAAUGUUUUUCUUCCUGUGGCAAUUGAAAGGGUUCAACAUUAUCGCUAUUGUCUGAUGAUAGGUGACUAGAUUUGCACUCCCAGUAGCGUUCCGUAGCAUUUUCCAUGCCUGAAAUUUCCCUCCAACCCAAUGGUAUUGCUGAAAAUAGACCACGUGAUCAAUGACGUCAUGAUCAUGUGACUCGAGAAACCAAUGGUAUUGCUUAAAAAGGCAAAGUCUGAUAGGUUGAAAGUGUAUCUGUUAUAAAAAAAAAAGGAAAAUCGUUCCGGCAUUGUUAAGUGACCAAUGGGGAAUUGGUAAUGGGUUUCUACGUCAUAGCAUGUGGUGCGCAUGCGCAACCCCCAAGAGGGGUUGCGCGGCAUGCGCCUUCUGAUCUUAUUGUUUAAGGGACAAGAUUAAAACAGAUUAAAAAAAAAAUGUACUGCGCAAGCUUAGUGCGUCAAAGCUAGGUUAAAAAUAAAAAUAAAUAAUCCUUUUAUUAAAAUUUAAUUUUUUUUUUUUAAUCUUUUUAUUUUAAUAAAGUUAAUACGCGUAACGCAUUACAUAAAAAGAGAAAAAAAAAUGUUUUUUGUUAUAUUAUCAUUUGCAUAAGACAAAAAUAAAAGUAAAAAUAAUAAAAGAUUUUUAUAUAAAAUGAAUAGUCAACAAGGAAACAACAAACCAAUUGCUGUAAUUAUAUUAUUAUUAUUUAUAUUAUAUUUUGUUUAUUUUUAUUUAUAUUAAAUUUUUUUUUUUCUUUUUUUAGAUUGUAGAACCAUAUAAUCCACGAGAUGACAUGAUUGUGGAGGAACAAUUACAAUUACAACAACAACAACAAAGACAAGAAGUAGAGCGGCGAAUUAGGAAUUUGUUUCGACCUAUCACCCCAGAAGCAAUUGUAGAAGAUGAUGAUGAAGAUGAAGAUGAUGAUGAUGAUGAUGAUAUUGAAAAUGUUGUAGCUCAAGUACCACAAAAUAAUUAUGAACGGAAUAUACCAGUAGUUUUAUCAUCAAUCGAAUCUGUGUUUAGGCUGCUGCCUGUGCUUCGCUCCUUUGAGACCGCAAAGACCUUGUUGCCAUCGUCGUUGCGGGUCGCAAGGAGCUUGCACAGGCUGCUGUAUUUGUACUUUUAAUACGAUAGAAGCAAUAAGAGCAGCGAUGCAAGAAAAGAUUGCCUAUAAAAGACAAUAU